UCACUGCCGCGCCCACUCGCUAGUCGCUACCAGUCAUCGGCUCAGCUCGUCACCCGCCAGCACCCACUCAUCUCGACACGCUCCGGCACUAAUCCAUCGAACUCACUCAGUUUAUUACUCCCAAGGAGGAGCGUACUACAAAGAAAUAUUCGCCGAAAACAGAGCUUCCACGAGUUUUCCAUUUUGUCUUCCAUUCCGCUCUUCACUUGUACUACUGUAUACUACAGGACUCAUAAUUGGCUGGUAAGUCGGCUGUGGAGUUAGUCCGUAGUCCAGUCAUGGGGAAGAAGAGGGCGGCCACCGCCACGACGAGGACGCCGGUCUUCCCGUUCGCAGCAGCUGCCGACGAGACGGAGCCGACGCACCAUUUCAGCGACUACGGCUUCGACCCCCAGCUCCUCCGCCUCUCCCCGCAGCCCAACGUGAAGCGCCACCAGCAGCAGACGCCUGCGCUGCUGGACCCCUGGCGGUUCAAGCUCCAGAAGCCCAUCUCGAAGAAGCACCAGCACGCGCAGCACAAUAGCAAGCAGCGCCGCCGCGGGUGGUGGAGCUCUGCGGCCUCUGCGGCGCUCCUCUUCUUCAAGCGUCCCUCGUCCAAGUCUAACCCCACCGCUCAGGCCAAUGGCAGAGGCCCCUCCUCCUCCUGCAGUGCUGCUGCUGCGUUCGCUCCCCGGCCACUCUACUUCGCCGAUGACGGAGGCGACGACGACUCCACGGGGUGCAUGUGCUGGUCGCCGGCCGUGCGGUCUGGUCACCUGGCCGCCGCCGAGCUAGGCAUUGCCUCGGUCGGAGUUCCGUACGUCAGCCUCAGGGACGCCAGUUUCCAUGGUGGCGCCGGGGGGACGGGAGGGGCUGCUCCGGCGAUGCCCAUCUACCUCGUGACGUGAAGCUCUCCUGUCUGGUGACUGUUCUCCUACAAGUUGAGCCACGUGACUGCCUUGGAGAGGUGUUUUUCUUGUUCGACUUUUUUAGAACUUGGACCACAUGUCAGUCAGUGUUUUCCGAGUUGUGGCGAUGACCAGCUGUCCGUAACUUUCCAUAUCUUCCUUGCGGUGUGUGGUUUUUUCUCACCAUGUUUUUCUUUUGAAAAGGAACCCUGGCUUUUCUCAUCUUUAAUAAAUCAGUUUUUGCUAA